AUGGCCCUGGAGAGAGGGCCCCUCCUGCUGCUGACCCUGAGCCUGGGCCUAGCCAGUGCCCAGAAGACUCUAGAAGAACUGCCGGUGCAGCCAGGCUUUGAUGCCCAGAAGGUGCAGGGACGCUGGUUGACCAUCCAGCUGGCCGCCAGCCACGCACACCUGGUCUCCCCAGCCGACCCCCUGAGGCUCGCUCUCCACUCCAUUUGGACCUGGGACGGGGACCUGCAGUUUGUCUUAUUCUGGACAAAUAAGAAACCCCCCAUUCCUGGCUCCCACCCUCUAGCCCCUCCAGCCACAUCCCGGCACCCCGUGGGCCUGCCCUCCUCCCUCCGGCUGGGUGACCCUGCUGAGCCCGGGGAGCUGAGAUCCUUGUGUGGACACCAGGGACGAGAAGGGGUGUGCAGAGGGGUAAACGUCACCGUCCAUCUGGCUGGGCCCCAAGGCCAGUACCAAGGCUCCUGUGAAGGGGCGUCACCCCAUACACGUCCGCUCGUCAGCACCAACUGCAGCAGCCUCAUCCUCUACGUCCGCUUCCAGGACGGCGGCGAGACCACCAGCCUGUGGGCACUGCUGGCCAGAAGAAUGCUCAGGGACCCCGAAGGGCUGGAGAAAUACCUUGAGGACGUUGCAGAAUUCCAGCUGCAAAAAGCCCCCGUCUUCAACCUCGAUGGUAAGCGCUGCCCUCAGCCAUUUCCCCUGGCUCCCAGGCAAGCUGGACCGAGGUCUGGAGCCUCGUCUUUCGGGCCUGGAACCCCCACUGCCUCUCCCAGCCUGACCCAUGGGCUCAAGGACACUCUGGAUGGCGAGGAGGGGACAGCUCAGGCACAAGCCGGUGAGGACAGGCGCUCGGAGCGCAAAAGCUUCCUACGCACCAGCAAACCCAACCAGAAAAGCAUAACAGACACACCGUAA